AUGUCAAUAAGAGAGCAUCAAGAAAUCAUCGAAAAAUCAAAUACCGGCAGUCAUUUGCGACAACGUCGCGAAUUAACCGAUUGGCUAAUUGCCCCCAACACCAUCUGGUGUGGUCGUGGUAAUAAUGCCAACGAUACCUAUAAUAAUUUGGGUGGUGCUACGGCAGCGGAUAAAUGUUGCCGUAAACAUGAUCAUUGCAAGGUAUAUAUCCCAGCCAUGAGCAGCCGUUAUGGCGUCUUUAAUUAUCGUCCCUAUACACUGUCACAUUGUAAUUGUGAUCGCCGUUUUAGGACUUGCUUGAAAAUGGCCAAUGAUGAGGAUUCCAAAACGAUUGGAAAAUUCUUUUUCAAUAUUGUACAAAUGAAAUGUUUCACCUUGGAUAAGGAGAUCAGUUGUGAAGAACGUGGUGAUAAGGCGACAGGAGAAUGUUUAACGGAGCGUAUUAAAUAUAAGGCAUACGUUAGAAAUAAUAAGAAAUUUUAA